GCGAGGCGAGCUGGACCGGACGCGGGAGACGUUGAGUUUGGCGCCGAAGGGACGACCGCCAUCGGCCGGCGGCGGGCGCCUGAAUCAGCGCCAUCACGUGGUCAAAGGACGGAAAGUGGUCUGACAUUUCCUGCCAAUCGCCGCAUAAAAGACUUGGGCGGGGCGCCGCCGCUUCCCCGUCGUCCUCGUCGUCCUUGCGGUCGUCGUCGCUGUCCUGCCGUCGCCGCCGUAUACCACCGACCACCCAAAAGCGACGCUGCCAUGGAUCUCGUGCUCGGCAUCUGCGACGACUAUGUCCUGGACAAGUUAUGGGCAACCGUGCUGCCUGCAACGGCAUUCGCCUCAUCACCCAGCGCGGCGUACCUCCAGGCAUCCAUGAACGCCUCAUCACUGCCUGUCCUUACGGAUACGGGGAAGUGGUCCCAGUUCCUCUCGUACAUUCCCCGUCCACCGCUGCCCACUCCUGAUGAGCUAGCGCCGAUCGGACCGUCUCUCGCGUCCGCCUGGCCACGCGAUUACAUCCCUCGCCAGAUCAUCUCCCUCUUCGCCCUCACACUGGUCGGCAUUCACGUCCUCUACUUCCUCUUCGCAUGGCUGUCGUACAAGUUCGUCUUCAACCAUGAGAUGAUGAAGCACCCGCGCUUCCUCAAGGACCAAGUCAAGCUCGAGAUUCAGCUCAGCUUGAGGUCGUUCCCUGGCAUGAUCAUCCUUACCCUGCCGUGGUUUAUGGCGGAGGUCAGGGGCUACUCGAAGCUGUACUCGAGCGUGGACGAGUACGGUUGGCCAUACUUCUUCUUCUCCAUCGCCUGGUUCCUCGUCUUUACCGACUACGGUAUCUACUGGAUCCACCGGUGGGAACAUAACCCGAUGUGGUACAAAUGGCUGCACAAGCCGCACCACAAGUGGGUCGUGCCAACGCCGUUCGCCUCGCACGCCUUCCACCCGCUCGACGGCUACUUCCAGUCCAUUCCGUACCACUUCUUCAUCUACGUCUUCCCGCUCCACCGCCUUCUCUACCUCGGCCUCUUCGUCUUCGUCAACUUCUGGUCCAUCCUCAUCCACGACUCGGACAUGAUCACCGGGCAUCCACUGGAGAAGGUCAUCAACGGGCCCGCUCACCACACGCUGCACCACCUCUACUUCACCGUCAACUACGGGCAGUACUUCACGUGGGCGGACCGCAUGGGCAGCUCGUACAGGCAACCCCUAAGUGAGCUGGACCCGCUCAAGGAGGUGCAAGAGCACCUGGCGAGCAAGGAGAAGGAGGCUCCGGGCAAGCAGCUGUGAGCUGAGUUCGGAGAGUGUCUGUGCUGUAUCUAUUACUACUUAGUUGACAUGCCUACUACUGGUCGGCGGGAGGGAUAGGGAUAUAGAAUCGAUGUAAUGGUCAGGAAGACCACGCUAAUGACAGUGCUGUACUCGGACUGCACUACGACUGCUAAAUGACGUCCCGACUGUGCUGUGGUACUCUCCCGCCUGUACAA